AAAAAAAAAAAAAAAAAAAAAAAAAAUACUUGGACAACGUCAUGACAGAGCCUGAUACAAAUAAACCAAAGGUACUUAUUGUGGGCGCAGGCUUGGGUGGACUCUUACUUGCGAUUCUGCUCGAGCGCGCUGGCGUACCUUAUGAAGUCCUAGAGCGGGCUGCUGCCAUCAAGCCAUUAGGAGCGGCUAUUUCACUAGGCUCCAAUAUCUUGCAUGUGUUCAACCAGCUGGGUUUGUUGGAUGAGUUUUUGGCAUUUUCUAAACCCUCUGUUCGUAUUUUCAUGUGCAACCAAGAACGAGGGGUUGAUUAUGUUCUUGAGCAAGGAUUUGUCAAAGACAUGGGUGGAUUCCAUGGUACUAUCUGUACGCGCAAGGAUCUCUAUGAUCUGUUACUUCGUCAAAUACCCUCUUCCAAAGUUCACCUUUCGAAAAAAAUGAUCUCGUUUGAUCAAACUACAGACUCCAAUGUGGUCACGGUCCAAUGUGCAGAUGGAUCCUCCUAUGUAGGAGAUAUCCUAGUGGGUGCCGAUGGUGCCUAUAGCACUGUGAGAGAGUGCCUGUACAAGGAGUUGGAAGCGCAGGGCACAUUACCCAAGGGCGAUUCAGAGCCAUUGCCGUUCAAUAGCGUUUUGGUAUUGGGUACAACUAACGAAUUGAGUCCUGAAGAGUUUCCAGAACUGAACAGCGAUGAGAGCAACCCACAGAUUUUUCUGAAGCAUAUCAAUGGCGUACCAUACACUUGGAUAGUGUUCCCCAUGAAGGGAAAUACGUUUUGCUGGGGCGUGACAGAAUAUUUGAACGAGUAUUCUACAAAGCAAGAGGCAACUAGUUCUGAUAAGGAUUGGGGCCCCAAAGGAGCAGAGGCGAUGUGCAACCUUUCGCGCGAUUUCCCUAUCCGAGGUGGACUCCAUAACACUCUGACAAUAGGCGACAUGAUCGAUCGUACACCUAAAGAGUUAAUUUCCAAAGUGAUGUUGGAAGAAAAAGUUUUUGAUACAUGGUACGGCGGACGAGUGGUCCUAUUGGGAGACGCAUGCCACAAGAUGAUUCCAUCAGGGGCUCAGGGAGCGGUGAAUGCGAUGCAGGAUGCUGUAGCGUUAGCUAACUGGAUCAGUGUUUUGGAAAAGACCUCCUCUAAGGAUGGUUAUCAAUCUGCGUGGAAAGAAUACCAAGAUGAACGCCAUCCAUUAGCUACACAGUCUUUUGAGGUGAGCCAGUUCAUGGGCAAACAGACACUUGGGAACUGGGUGGGAACAGUGAGCAGACUGUUUGCAAGAUAUAUGCCAGAUUGGUUCCAGAAGUUUGCUAUGAUGAGGAUGAUUAGCAAUCGACCUCAAGUAUCGUUUUUGCCUCCAGCAGAGGAUAAGGGAACGGUUCCAGUUAUUGAUCAACCAAGUCUUCGAAAGACAAAGGCGAUGCUGGCUGGUUCUCAAGCGAGGUCAUAGACUUUUAUUUAUUUAUUUAUAAUUAUUAUUAUUAUUAUUAUUAUUAUUAUUAUUAUUAUUAUUAUUAUUAUUAUUUCAAC